AAUACCGUCCAUGCAUUUUAAUAUGAAAUAAUGAUCGUCCACCUCAUCCAGCUUACAAAGCAUAUAUACACACACACACACACACACACACACACACACACACACACACACACCACAUCCAGAGUAUGUGGUUCAUUCUUUAAUUACGUACUUAUUAAAAAACUUCUACUUUUUGCUGAAUGAUGUUGGCUCAAUCUGUGUUUAGAUUUAGCGAAUUCAUCACCGUUUCUGUUUUGGUUGCCUCCGUCUCUAUCUUAUUUACACGUCUCUUCUUAAGAUUUGCCGUUUUCCUCGUCACGCGUCCAUGGCGGCGCCACCGCACAUUCACGUUCCACCGGUGGAGAAUGGCGGCGAAAGAUCACUCGUCUCCACCGUACUGUGUUGUGUGUCUUCAAGAGGCAGAGGAAGGUGAGAAUAUGAGGCGCUUGACGAUUUGCCGUCACUGUUUCCACGCAAAUUGCAUAGACACAUGGCUCGGUGAAAUGUCCAAGUGUCCGUUGUGUAGAGCUGAGAUUCCGCCGUUACCGCCGGAGAAUCCUCUGCUCUCACUGUUUUUUCCGGCCGGUGUGAUCGAUUUGUUCACCAACAAAGAAUCUCGACGCGUAGCGUAGCUCUCUAAUAAUUUCGAAUUCUCUGUUUUCUUAAUGCUUUGACCUGUCAAAGACUUAUUUAGGUACUUGUUUGCUUUAAAAUUUUAACUUAACUUCUUCUAUACGACAUAGAAUAUUAAAAUAAAAACUGUUCAAACAAAA